AAUUAUUAUUAUUCCUAAUUUAAAACCAAAACAACCACCAGAUUUCCCCUUCACUGAACCCUUUCCCCCUUUCAUCUCUGCAACCAACAAUGGGUGCUUGCUGUAGCAAAUCUAGUAAUACAACAACACCAACACCUUCAACCCCUACCCCACCAGAACCCAAAUUCACACCUAACCUUACCAAACCACUUCAAAACAAGAAACCCACCAUCCCCGUUACCCCUACACUUACACAGCAAGAAGUUCCGAAGAAGGAAGUUUUCGUCGUGAAACAUCGAAAGAGCCACGAAACCGAUAGACAUUCCGAUCAACCAACCCAAGUAACCCGAAAAUCGACUGAUCGGAAGGAAAAAGAGAAAGCCCCUAAUUCUGUUCCGAAUACCGAAAAUUCCCAGCCUAUCGUGUCGAAUGGUGAAUCGGGGAAAGCGGUAAGUGCGACGGUGAGGACGUCUAGCUGUACGAAAGAAGAAGUGGAUGCGAUUUUGAUCCAAUGUGGCCGGCUUAGCAGGAGCUCAUCCGGGGUUAAACCGGGUGGGGAAACGCCUACACGGGGUAGGAGGUAUUCGGGUUCGAAGAGGAGUUUUGAUUUCGAUAUGGAAACCGGGUUGAAGAAUGAUGUUGAUGAUGAGGUGCGGCCGCAGCGGGAGGUUCGGGUUUCGUCUCCUUCGGGUAGAAGGAGGAGUAGGGAAAGAGAUCCGCAGCAACAAAGAUCUGGAAGUAAAGAAAGAGGAGGCGCGGCGGGUGGACGGAGGGUUAGUAGAUCCCCAAAUAGGAGAUCUGAAUCACCAAACCCUAAUUCGAAUGGCGGUUCGGGUUCGUGUUCGGGUGGGGGUGGGGGUGGGAAUAGGCCUGGGAAGAUGGUUUCGGUUCCGGCUACUGAUAAGAGUAACAAUGCUGGUGGUGGAGAGGUGGCUGCUGCUGUCGUUGGUGGUGGAGUGAAGAGGAUUCAGGUGAAGAGAAAUGGUGGUGAGGCGGUGGGUGUGGUGGGGUGCAGGACUGCUGCGUCUCCGCGGUCUAGAUCUCCGGCUAGGGCGAAUCUUAGGGUUUUGAAUGAGAAUCAGAAUCAGAACCCGCAGCCGGUGACACUGAGUCGAAGCAAUUCGAGGAAGGCGGAACAGUCUCCUUAUAGAAGGAAUCCGCUGGGUGAGAUCGACACCAACGCUGCUGGAUCCGAGCAACCAGGAAGCAAAAAACAAAACUGUGAGAAGACUAUAAACAACAGAACCAACAAUGCUGCUAAGAACAGCAUAGCCAAAGAAGCCCAAAUGACAGAUGAGGUUAAACCUGCAGUCGAAAAUCCAAAACAUAACCAACUCGUAUCACGAACCCGGUCUUCUCGUCUAUCACGAGACCUAGACAUCAACCCAGAAGCUUUACUCAGCCCGAACCCCAACCCGACAUCCUACGCUAGUUUAUUACUUGAAGACAUCCAGAACUUCCACCAGAAGAACCCCACCACUGCGGCUCCAGCAGCAGCACCGCCAGCUUUCUCCCUCCCGGCUUGUGUCAGCAAGGCGUGCUCGAUUAUGGAAGCUGUAGCCGACCUGAACUCCGCCACAAGCUGCAACGAUCGUCAGUUCAAGAAAGAGAAUCUCGUGGAGUCUGAAAAAGCGGUUGAUAAUGAUCUGAUGGAGCCGAGUUUUCACAAGUAUGUGACGGUGCAAAGGGGCAGUGAUGCGGAUGCUGACGAGCAAGAAUCGUCGGGCAGCAAUAGCUUUGCGGGUAGUCAACAGUUGUCCUCUUGGGAGCCGAAUUCGGGUGAUUCCACAAAUUGUUGGAGUUCGAAUUCAAGGUCAAAUGGUCGAGAUAACGAAGUGCAAGGUCAAACGCUAGACUAUCCGAGGAAUGGAAUAGGGCGUGGGCGAUUGGGAGUUCAUGGUAGAAGUGCUUACUCGCUACCGAACAAUGCUACUACAGUUGCUUCAACAUGAUAUGAUAUGUUUCUUGGUCUUAAUUAGAGUAGAUUUCUUUUGUUUGUUUGUUUGUUUGUUGCAUACUUGCAACUAUGUAAUGCAUUUGAUUCUAGUUUUAAAUCUUAAAGAACCAUGGUUGUUUAUUGAUA